GAAAGUGUAAAAAUGUCAUCAAUUGAAGACCUGGAUGGUUCAAGUUAUCUAAAUGGCAGUGGUUCCAAGAUUACUGUAGAUGGAGAUGAUCUGAAGGCUCAUUCAGAUGCAACCAAUAAUGAAAGUGAUAUUGCAGAAGUGCCAGAAGCAUUGCUUUGGAAGAAAUCUUUUGAGCAUCAUAUAUUUAUUGACAUUGGUAGUGAUGGUGGCUCCCAGUUUGUUGACAGACAAGAUUCUUUUAUAUUUAGGUUUUCGCAGGAUUCAGUGGAAGACGACACUCUGUGCUUAACUGAUGACACAGACAAUUUUAGUUUUUUUGAUAAUGGGAAGGAUGAAGAACACCUUGAAAAAAAUUGUGAGAACCCUAACAAAUUUGAUCAAGUGGACCAGAUGAAAGAUUCAGUGUCAAACUUAUCUGAGCAGAAGCCCAACACACUGGAGAAUAUGUCACAAGAUUGUGGAAAUGCCACUGAUAAACAGGAACACUCUUGUGAAACGUUAGACAUGAACAUCAGACAUGUGACAAGUGAUAAUGAAUUAGUUAAGUUGGCUCCUUUGGCAUUGUCUGAUGUGACAUGUUCUCCUUAUCCACAAUCCAACUCUGGAGAAAAUUACAGAAUACAUAUAAUGGGUGACUGUGAACGAAUUGUAAAAAGUGAAAUGUCCUGCUCACUUACAAGUGUUCAAAACACUAGUGCCAAUGAAGUGAAACUGAAAGAAGUCGUGGAUAGUCCCAAUAAGUGUGAAAUGGAUAAAUUAGAGUCACCUCAAACUAAAAUUUCUGGAGUGCUCCUUCAGCAUUUCACAGAGGAUGACCAAUCAAUUAAAUUUAUUGAAGCAGAAACACUCACUGAGACUUCAUUUACUGAAAGCAUGGAAGAAACUAUUCACAGCCAAAAGUCUUUUACACAAAAUGGAGCGGAGUCCACAAAAUUUGAAGUUGAGGUUCCUCCCAAAUACAACAUCGCAAAUGAAUCCUUCAGUGAAAAAACAUUUCUCACUGAAAUGGAACUAAAGCAAUCAGAGGAAGCAUAUUGUAUGGAUAAUAUUGACCUAGAAGAAGAAGAAGAAUCUGAACUGGAGGAUACACCACCUAGUCCUAAAGCGAAAGACAAUGACUGCCUACAAAAUCAGAAAAUUAAACUUGUCAGGGCAAGCUCCUUUAACAGAUUAAAAUACGGGCAAGGUCAGGUUCACUACCCGCUUCCGGAUUUUUCAAAAGUUGCUCCCAGGAUUAAGAUACCCAAAGGAAGUGCUAUGACAGAGGCAAUAAAACCUUCAGCCUCAAACUUUAAGAGAGCUGUUUCUUCACCAGGAUUGCUUAGCAAAUGCUCACCCUCCUCUCAGUCAAUGGUGGAUGUAGUAAAGAAGGUGCUAGAUACAAUGCAGCCAAAUUAUGCACUUGCUUUCAGAGAUGGUCAAGAAGCAGAUGCAGACAUGCAGCAGAUCACAAUACAGGAUUACAAUGGAAGGUCAUCCCAGAAGUGGACAGAGGAAGAAAAUCAAACUGACUUCAUGAAAAGUGAUAUUCCACUUGGAAUUAUGAAUGCUGAGAUUACUUCUGAUUUCCACUCCAUGUCCUCUAGCAAGAUGAUUCAUAUCACAGAUCAUCAUGGAUCUGCACCUAGAUUGCCAGAGUCAAGUCUAUCAGAACUAACAGAAAGAAAAGAGACACACCUGGGGAAUUUGAAUAUUAGGGAUGGUUCACGUAUGGUGCCGACGGAAGGAGAGAAAAUGGCUGAAUCCUUGAAGGAAAUGAUCAACCUACUUACACUGAAGGUAGAAGAAUUCAAACACUGCCUAGGAAAUGGAGCUUUAAUAAUUGAAGAACAGCAGCAGGUCUUUAAGAGUUUGAUGGCUAUUCAGGAUAAACUGGAAAGAAGUUAUAUAUCUCAGAAAGAAUGGCAUCGUACCCUAGAACUUCGCAAGGAUAUGGGCAAAUGUAAAAACAUUGGUGACUUUGACCCUGAAAAGCAGGUAGAAGGUGAAAUAUUUAAAUUAGGAAUGCUACUUGAAGACAUCAGAGAGCAAAUAGAUGAAAAUAUCCGCUGUCAGCCUUUCCUGCAAAGCUCACCCUCAGCGACAAUUCUGAGAUCUCCAUCACCAACUGCAGUCUCGUCCCAGACCCCUCUUCUUGAGCAGCAGAUACCAUUGCUGCCUGAAACAGAUAAAAGUCUUCCAGGAUCUGAAGCUGUACAUCGCCCUACUAAACUGUUUCAAGCUGCUACAGAAAGCUUCCCUCUCCUUUCAGAAGAAGCACACUUAUCUUCAACCAAAUUUUGCAGUCCUGGAUCUCCAUGCCUGAAGAUUGAUUUGAGGAACAAACCCGAUUCUGUGAGCUUAAAUGAUGCAAUGCAGCUUGCAGAUCUUUCUGCUGGUAGCACAAUAGACCACUGGACAAACAGUGUUUACAGUGAAAGUAGUGGAGCCAACGGACAGAAAGGUGCUGCACAUCCCUCCAGUUUGGUCACCGCAGGAAAUUUGGACAAUCAUGUUUUGUUACCUAGACAACACAGUUGCGGACCUUUUGUCUCCAUGCUGAGGGGUCUAACUUCUCCAAUUAAAAGUCCUUCUCAGCUAUGGUGUCAUCACAAUGAGGCAAUUCUCAAGCUUCAGUCUGACAUAACAACACUGAAGAAAGAACUUCAAGAAAGUCCUCAAGAGAAGCACAAAAGAUCAAUGAAGGAGAGCAUGGAGAAAAAGUACAGAGAAUGGGAGAAGAGAUGCAGGUGUGAUUCAGAUGUCAGAACGGCGUAUAGCUGGAAACACUGUGGGUGCAGGAGGAGAAGGAACGCCUUUGACAAGAGCAAACACUCCUGUCACCAGAAGACCGACGACUGGAUUUCAUCUGAUCUAGAGCUAAGUACAGAUAGUGAGGAAUCAUCAGGGUCUUUGUCAGCAUCCCCGUGUGGCCUGCAUUACAGCAGACCUAAAAGUCGUCAGAGCCACAACCUGUCUGAGAGAUGCUGCAGGUUCUGCUCAGAUAAGCACUCCACAGGACCAAGGCACAAAGGCUUUUCAGAAUUAACGAGUGGAUCGUCCCAUUGCAAGCACCCAACUAGAUCUGCUUUCACAGGCGCAGAAGAGGAUCUGAUGAGCGUUGCCUCUGAAGAGGAGGAUGAGUGUCCUUCUAGACGAGUAAUACACGAGUUUCCUACUUGUCCACAUAAUGUGUCCAGUUGUAGUUUACCUGCAAGUAGUAACUACCCAUCACAAAUGGCUUCUGCACAUGCACAAAGAGACUCGUGCCUCUCGGAUUCUGCUCUGUUAUCCAGCAGACUGUAUCGGCGACCAACAUCCAUUACCAAUCCCAGUCUGCAAAAUGUGUACAGUAGAUACAGGAGUGCAGACCUUGACAAAACGCUAAACAGAGCCAUAGAGGCCGCAGAAAGCAUGAAGAAGACAACUGAAAGGAUGGCAAGAAUUCUCUCUGCUGAACUGUCCAGAACCGAGACUUACAGAAAAAUGCAAGGCUUUUGACGGUCAUCUUGAGCUACCAGCGCAAAAAGUUCAGAGAUGACGAAUGCUCUUGUAACUAGAGGACAACAGCUUUUAUAAGAGACUGGAAAGUACAGCACAGCCCACAUCAUCCGAACAAGAAGGAAUGUGAGGCUGAUCCCCGUGAAU